CUAUUAAAAGAUUAAUAAUCAUUGCUGUAUUGCUAAUCGACAGCCUUAAUAUUUAUAUUAAGAGAAAAAAGCCGCCGUAUAUAAGUAUAAGCCCAGCGCUCAUUGCAUAGAAACUUUAUUUCAUUAUUAUUAUUACAGCAUUAUGGCUCAAUCAACCUACCAAUCCGUUGUUCUCGCAAAGCGUCCUACGUCCCUCAUCGUCCCGGGCGAGACGUUCACUGUGAAGGAGCACAAGGCCUUAACGGCAGCAGACCUGAAGGAUGGAGAAGUCCUGGUUGACACUCUGUACCUCAGUCUCGAUCCUGCGAUGCGGGGCUGGCUCAACGAUACGCGCUCAUAUGUCCCUCCGGUGCAGAUCGGCGAGAAGAUGCGUGGCGCCGUGAUCGCGAAGGUGCUGGCCUCCAAGUCCGCAAAGUUCGCCGAGGGCAACUACGUCACCUGCUCCACCGGCUGGACCGAGCAGGCGAUUGCCAAGGAGAAGGAGCUCACACUCCUCGAGGUCCCGGCCGGCGGACAGGUUACAGAUGCGCUGGGUGUCUUGGGCAUGACUGGCCUGACGGCGUACUUCGGCUUGAUUGAUGUCGGAAAGGUCAAGGCUGGCGACUUUGUCGUCGUCUCGGGAGCGGCUGGAGCUACGGGAAGUGUCGUGUGCCAGAUUGCGAAGCUGAAGGGCGCCAAGGUCCUGGGUCUUGCGGGAAGCGAUGACAAGGUCGAGUGGCUGAAGGAGCUUGGCUGUGACGGUGCGCUUAACUACAAGGACCCGAACUUCCGUGCUCAGUUUAAGGAGGCAACGAAGGACUUGAUCGAUGUUUUCUUUGACAAUGUUGGGGGAGAGAUCCUCGAGAUGGCUCUGUCGAGAGCCAAGGCCCAUUCGAGAUUCAUCAUGUGUGGUGCUAUCUCGCAGUACAACGACGCCAAGCCAACAGGACCAAAGAACAUCUCCAUGGUCAUUGCUAUGCGUAUUAGAAUGGAAGGUUUCAUCGUGUUCGACUACGUCAAGGAGUUCCCUGCUGCGCGUAAAGAACUCGUGCAGUGGCUCUCAGAUGGCAAGCUGAAGCGUAAGGAGACGAUUGUCAAGGGAGGACUGCGUGCUGCUGAGCAGGCCCUAGUUGCUCUAUACAACGGAAUCAACACCGGAAAGUUACUCGUUGAGGUUAAGGCAGAGAACGCGAGCGGAGGGUCGAGGUUGUAAGUUAGACUCGUCAAAAACAAAGGCGCCUGGGCAAGAGGAUUGUCACAGGGGGGUCGAUGGACGACCAGAGCCUGUAGAUACUUGGUUGGGUAUUCAGCUGCUGCCAUGCGGGCUUGGAUAGCAGCCUUGUAGCAGCCUUGUAGCUAUGGUCGUUACAUAAUUAGAAGUUAAAACUAUCAAUAUCAGCUGACGUGAC